AUGACUCCAGCUGUUACGAACGAUCGCAAACGUGCGGGAAAUGACCCGGGAACGGGCCACAAGAAGCAGAAGAAGGUUGUUCGACGUAAAUAUAAGGCAAAAGCUGUAGAAGAAACCUCGCCAUUGGGUGUAUUAAAGCAUGAGAUUGAUUUAUUGAUGAAGUCUGUUUCUCUCCACGAAUCUGAUAUUGCUAAUGACAUGCCUGGGAUCCUCAACGAGCCUGAAAUUGCAUCCAAAUAUCACCGAGAAGUACAAAAUGUCAAGAUACGACAAUUGAGUUCGAAUGGAGACGGGUUGUCUGUGAUUCAACAUCCUACUAAUGAAGCUGGAAAACAGAUUAUAUUGGUACCUUUUGGACUUCCAGGAGACAUCGUUACGGUGAGGGUAUUCAAGACACAUCCCUUGUACGCUGAGGCUGAUCUUUUGUCUAUCGAGGAGCCAUCCGCCUUGAGAGAUGAUCUGCUCAUCAAUUGUCGUUAUUUCGGUAAAUGCUCUGGAUGUCAAUUUCAGAAUGUAGCCUACGACCAGCAACUUGUGUUCAAAAAACAGACAAUAGAGAACGCAUACACCCAUUUUGCACCAAAACUCAUGGCAGCUAACUUGUUACCGAAAGUGGACUCCACUGAACCAUCACCUUUACAAUAUAAUUACAGGACCAAAUUAACCCCACAUUUCAACCUUCCCUACAAGAAGCCGGAGAACAUGCCGCUUCCACCGCUAGGAUUCGGAUCCAAAGGAAGACCUGAAUGGAGAAAUACAGAUGGAGGUUCGGGUUCAAUAUUGGACAUUGAAGAAUGUAGCAUUGGAACUCCAAUUGUGAAUGUUGGAAUGAAAAAUGAGCGUUUGCGAUUCAAAAAAGAGUUUGAAAAGUACAAGAAAGGUGCUACUAUUCUUCUCCGUGAAAACACUAGCAUUAACGACACCGAUCUUGUAGGGUCUACAAAUGAGAGUGGUGAAGUUUCCACAAUCAAGGACAAUGAUAGUAUCAAGACUUGUGUGACCAACAGCCGACAGAUCGUGCGAGAAGUUGUUGAUGGGCGUGAGUUUGAGUUUUCCGCUGGUGAGUUCUUUCAAAAUAACAAUUCUAUUCUUCCAGCGGUAUUACAAUACGUUCGCUCCAAUCUUGCAAUUUCAGACAAACAAGAUAAUUACUUGGUAGAUGCGUAUUGUGGAUCUGGACUAUUUUCCAUCUCGUGCUCCGAUAAUGUCAAAAAGGUGAUAGGUGUCGAAGUAAGUGCAGAUUCCGUCAAGUUUGCCGAGAGGAAUGCCGCCAAUAAUAAUAUUGCCAAUGUCAAAUUCAUUGUUGGUAAAGCUGAGGAAAUAUUCAAGGACAUAGAUACGCCUGCUCUGCAAACAUCUGUGAUCCUUGACCCUCCUCGUAAAGGAUGUGAUGAUGUCUUUUUGAAUCAGUUAUCAGAAUACAAUCCAGUCAAAAUUGUCUACAUUAGUUGCAAUGUUCAUUCACAAGCAAGAGAUGUGGAAUGGUUCCUCAACAACACCGUGAACGGUGCAAAUUACAAGGUUGAAAGUAUAAAGGGUUUCGAUUUUUUUCCACAAACCCAUCAUGUGGAAUCGGUAGCGGUCUUGAUUCGGGUAUAA